AUGGUCCCAAUUGAUACGGUUAACCCUGAUUUACAAAAAGAGCGCCAUAGCGCUACUUUUAGUAGCAAUGAAUUUUCAGUUUGGUGGGCGGGUGGCCCAAAGAAAUAUGAAGAAAAAAAGAAACUGGAAAAACUCUUUCUUGAUGAUCCGACUUUGAAGGAUGAUAUACCAAUUUCCUAUAUGUCACAUAAGGAACUUUAUGAACAUAGUGUAAAAAAAGCCACCAUAAUCGCACAAAAAAUACGUCAAAUACGUAAUGACGGCGAAGAUAGUGUCGACGUCUAUAAUGCUAUACUUGGUGGUUCACUCGGUUCUGCUCUCAUUAAGGAAGGUAACCCGAUGACAUUACAUUUUGUAAUGUUUGUACCGACAAUCAUGGGUCAAGGAACCAUGGACCAACAAAUGGAAUGGUUACCAAAAGCAUGGGAUUGCUCCAUAAUUGGUACUUAUGCACAAACUGAGUUGGGUCAUGGCACCUUUUUGCGUGGGUUAGAAACACGUGCUGACUAUGAUGCUUCUACACAAGAGUUUGUUUUGAAUACUCCUACACUAACUGCCUACAAAUGGUGGCCUGGUGGUUUGGGUCACACUGCAAAUUAUGCAAUUGUUGUUGCACAACUUUAUACGAAAGGUGAAUUUCGUGGUUUGGCUCCGUUCAUAGUGCAAUUACGUGACGAGGAGACGCAUGAACCAUUACCUGGUAUUGAUGUUGGCGAAAUUGGUACCAAAUUGGGUAUGAAAUCAGUUAAUAAUGGUUACUUGGGUCUAAAGAACUUGCGUAUUCCACUUAAAAAUAUGCUUAUGAAAAAUCAACAGGUCCUUCCUGAUGGCACAUAUGUAGCACCUAAGAAUACUGUUUUAACCUAUGGCACUAUGAUGUUCGUGCGUUGUGCUCUUAUACGUGAUACAGCACAAAGCUUAGCGAAAGCUUCAACAAUUGCCACACGGUAUUCAGCCGUGCGUCGUCAAAGUCCAAUAGAUCCAAAGUAA